AAUACUAGCUAGUAAAGCCGCGACGCCUUGAUUGUCAUAAGUGACCAAAAUCCUGUCCACAUUCCAAUUAAUAUCGCAUUGACCGAAGUCUCCGAGUUGUCCUUAGGGUGUUGAAUGUUCACCCUCAUUCGUAUCUGGUGGUUUCCCACUGCUGAAUUUACUUUGCUUCCUCUACAUGCAGCGGGACCCUACAUGAAGCAGAGAGACAACUUGUCACAGAUCUACAUUUCCUCUUAUACCCCCACUCUGGCGACACUCAUUCGUGCAAGACAGCGCGUCUCUCGAUAUGCAUCCACCCAAUAUUUUGUUGCAAUUGGUCAAGGAAACCCGAAAAAAGGGGGAAAAACUGCGAUGUGUCGCUCCUGAAUAGCCGCCAUAGCGCAGCGUCUCGUACCCGUCGUGUCAUCCUUCACACUCCGAGACAGCCUUGCAACAGUGCAGGGUACACUCAAUGUACUAAACCAUAAUUA